UGUAGUAGACAAGUGGUAAGCUUGCCUAUUGACAAAGAAUUUGACGUUUGUUCAGUAAAUAAGGUUAGAAAAGUGAAGUUAUACCAAACGUUUUUUAUUGUAAAUAAAACGUUUAAAAAUAAUGGAUACAGAAAAUGAGAAUGCCGGAACCUCCGGGUCUGCAGAGCCGUUUAAAAAGCCCGUUUUGAUUGGCAAAAUAGGGCGACUUCCUAAAAAACUUUCCGAAACGGCUACAAAAGCCGCCGUCAACACUGAUGCUGUUGUAAAAAGACAAGAAAUUCCUGACAAGUCAACAGAAAAAGAUACUGAAAAAAAUGUAAAGGUAACAACAUCAAAUACACCAGAUAAUACUUUGCCCUUACCAUAUAAAGAGCCAACAUGGUCUGGGCUACCUUUAGAUAUAUCAACAGAUUACAAGUUUGAGGUGCUAAAGAAUGGAUCUAUCAUCGAUACCAUAAACUUAAUGAAAAAACCCUUUUGGGUGUUUGGACGACUUCCAAACUGUGACAUCCCGAUGCAGCACCCAACAAUUUCCAGGUACCAUGCAGUCCUACAAUAUAGAAGCACACCAUCUGAACAAGAGGGAGUGGGUUUUUACAUAUAUGAUUUGAACAGCACACAUGGAACAUUUUUAAACAAAAAUAAAUUAAGGCCAGGAAUUUUCGUCAGAAUACAGGUGGGCCACAUGCUGAGAUUAGGGUGCAGCGCCAGAACUUACCUGCUGACUGGCCCAGAUGAAGAUACUGAAGAGGAAUCGGAACUGACCGUCACCGAAUUGAAACAAAAACGCGCCGAAGAGUUGCAGAAACGUGCCGAAGAGGAGCGAGAAGCCGCCCUCAAAGCAGAAAUGGAGGAGGAAUUGAGGAAGAAGAAGGAGGAGGAACGCGGCGUGGACUGGGGAUUGGGCGAAGACGCCGACGAAGAGUCGGACCUGUCGGAAAAUCCGUACGCCCAAACGAACAACGAAGAGUUGUAUUUGGACGACCCCAAGAAGGCAUUGCGUGGGUUCUUCGAGCGUGAGGGUUUGUCUUUGGACUACGAGUGCAACGAACAGGGCAUGGGACAGUUCUUAUGCAAAGUGGAGUUGCCGCUGGAUGAUGAAACCGGAAGACCUAUAUUCGCCGAGGUUCUGCACAAGGGAAAGAAGAAGGAAGCGGUGGUGCAGUGCGCCUUGGAAGCUUGCCGCAUUCUGGAUAGGCACGGAGUCCUACGUCAGGCCACACACGAAUCUAGGAAAAGGAAGGCCAAAAAUUGGGAAGAAAAUGAUUAUUAUGACAGUGACGACGAUACAUUUUUGGACAGGACCGGUACCGUUGAAAAGAAAAGGGAAAUGAGGAUGCAGGCCAAGGCCCCACCAAAAGUAGAAACUUAUGAAAGUCUGUUGGAGAAAGAGAAAACUAUAAGUAAAUCUAUAGCCGACCUGGAACAACAACUAGCUAAAGCGCAAGCGGCGUUACAGAAUCAGUCACAAAAUGACGCAGAGGAGGACUCCUUGGACUCUUUCAUGAAAGAUUUAAAAGACUCCAAGUCUGAUAAACAUACCAUCAGCAAAUUAAAGACGGAAUUGAGUAAAUUAAAGGUGGAAUACGCAAACACGGUAAGGCUUAUAAACAUAGCAAAGCCUGCCAGUCUUCCUGCACUGGUUCCGCAACACGCUCCAGGUCCUAGCACCAGCAAGGGUAUUACUGGCAAAAAUUUCCCAAUUUAUGGCAAACGAAUGAAGGUACAGGUGAAGUUGCCCGCAAAACCGGAAGCGAUGGUUGAGAAAAUGGAAUGUGACAAAGAUGAUGAAGAUGAGGAAAAUGAAUCUGAAACUAAACCGGAAACAGUAGAAGCCAUGCCCGAAAUAGUUUCGACCUACACUAUUUCCGAAGAAAAUAGCUCAGACGAAAGUGAUGAUGGUGUUGGCGACAAUGAUGAAGAAACUGAAUUGGGUUCGUUUGCUCUGUGCACGAAACUCACAUUUAAAAAAUUCGAAAGGAUAUUGAGGAGAGGAUUACCACCAAUUGCAGGUUCGUUGUUUAUGAACAAAUUAGUAAAAUAUGAAGGUAAGUUCAACAAAAUCUUGGACAAACUAAAAAAGUUGGCGUCCAGCGAGGAUAGAAUGCAUGCUGAUUGGAAACUACUGGCUGCCAAAAAGAGGAAAGUUUUGAAGCUAAUACAGCAAUUAGCCAAUUAUGAUGAACCAGAUCCGAAAUUAGAGCACCAAAUUUCAACAGAACUUAAUAGGAUCUUAGCAGAACUAAACGACAUGACUCAAGAAAAAUAUAAAGUCAUUAGUGAAGUAAAAAAAGUCGGCGACGAUAUUAAAAACAUAUCCAUGUCUAUUGUCAGCGACUAUAAAAAAUAUAAAAAUUAUUUAGAGAAAGAGAAGACUACAUCAAAGGAAGGUGAGAAUUCAGAAUCUAGUGAAGAACUAUCUAGCUCAGUUAAAGAAAAUAAAGAAGAAAAAGAGGAACCUUCUACAAGUUUACAUGCUGACGAAGACAAUCCCGACAAUAAUGGGGAUGUGGAUGCAAAAUAUGAGACUGAAGAAAAGAAGAAGAAGAAAAACCAAAGACGCAAUCAACAACGUCAAGGAAAAGCCGAAAUGGAGAAACAAAAAGGGUAUGAAGAAGAUGCUGCAAGAGACAACUAUUCCAUGUGGGUCCCCCCAGAUAAUCAAACUGGAGAUGGAAGGACAAGUUUGAAUGAUAAGUUAGGAUAUUAAUUGGCUGAUUCAUGUUGUUAUAAUUUAAUAAAAUUGAAUUCUUUUGUAA